UCGCGGGCAACUCCUAACCUCUCAGAACGUCACUCUUGACCAUCGUUUCGAGUUUACGACAUGAAAAAUGAGUAAAUCCAGCGGUACACCGGUAUCAGCCACUCAGCCAAUACAGAACAGAAGAUCAGUCAAGGAAUCUGAACAAAAACGACGUGAAACGAGGCUGGAGACUCAGACCAAUGACAGCUCUGAGGGACAGGAGCCUGUUGCUGCUGAUUGUGAAGUGACUGAAUCACAGGCAAAAUACAUUCUGCGAGGUCGCAGGAUCAUGGACAUGGGAUAUCUCACCGAACAAAUGAUAUGCAACUGCUGUCACUCCCGCUUGAGUCUCUCCCGAGUCGAAGCUGAAACGAAAAUUGGUCUGGCUUCGAUCUUCAAGAUACGAUGUGAUGGGUGCUCAGAGGUGAAAAGUGUUAACACUUCUCGUAAUUUUCCGAAGGAUAACGAUCGUUCUUACGAGGUCAAUUGCAAAGCGGUGACAUGUUCCAUUGCUUCCGGCAUCAAUCACAGGCAAUUGAUGAAGCUGCUGGCUGAUAUAAAAAUACCAUUUCCCAGUGAAGCCACUCUAAGGGCUGCUGAAAAGCGCAAGCGAGAUGAGAAAGCACCUGCUGAGGCCAGAGCGCAUAAAAAGAAAUCAAAGAAAAAUCCGACUACUGAAGCUUCAUCGGCUGAUGAGCUGCUCAGUCCACAGAAUACGCCAGACGCAGAUGAUGUAUCUACAGAGUUGCUUUAUUUCAGUACGCCCAGGGCAUAACUGAGAAAUAUUCGCUGUGAACAGUGUCCUCAGAGAAUUCUCUUCCCAGAGUUUGCCUGAUAAAUGUCGAAAGCGAUAUGAGUUUCGAUUAUCAGAGUCAAUACUCAAAUUUAGAAGGAGGAAAUGUAUGUACCUUAGGAAAUGUCCCAGCAGACUAUAAGUCGCCAUUCAAAUAUAAUAAUUUCCAUUUGAAAUCAUUAUUUAUGUUCAGAUAUCUCGGUACGUCGAUUCAUCCCCGAACUCGUUAUCUCAUUGAAUCCUCCCGCAAAAUGAACAAAGGAAUCCAACUGACAUUAACAGCCGGUACUUAGAUGUUGUUGAAAUCGUUUAUUCACUCGUACAAAAAAUUACAAAAUUCAUUUGAACGAAAAUCGACAAACUAGUACCGUUCAUGGAAUUCUAUAUACACUGAUUGAAUAUCGUCUGAGUUAUUGAAUAUUUUAAACUGGAAACACAAUAUCUGGGGCUGUCUAAGCAUCCCUGCGGUAGAUCUUGGACAGGAAUUUGAAGAAUAAAUCAUGGGGAAGGCCACGUGAUAUCUGUUGGAUAUGCGUAUUCAUGAGGUUGUAGCUUUCCUCCUCAUAAAUAGCAUACGUGGAGGACAAUCCCAGAUCGUCGUAUAACUGUUUAACUCGUGCCACUUUUUCAACAUCAUCGAAUCCAUAGCAUUCCUGAACAAGCAUUAAAAUGUCAUAAAUAAAAUUACGAUAAUUCAAUCGACGGACUGUAUGACCGAUAAAGAAAAUAAAUGUUUACACUCAUAAUUUGUCGCUGUGCAGGAGUGGCUCGUUGCAGAGCAACAACAGCCAGCCAUGAGCAUUUUCCUUCCUGAAUAUCAGUACCCUGCUUUCCAGUGACAUUGGGAUCACCAUAGCAGUCGAGAUAAUCAUCCUGUAUUUGGAAGAAAUGUCCCAUUUCCAAUAAUAUUGUUUUCGCCUGUCGAUGCAUCUCAGAAUCGUUAACUCCAGC